UCACACGUGACACCCUCCCUCACUGGGGCGGGGCGGCGGCGGCCCGGUGGGCGCGCGCCAGGGCGGCAGCCAUGGCGGCGGCGGCGGAACGAAGCCGCCUCAGCUUCCCGGGCGGUGCCGGGGCCCUGGGGCGGCCGGUGCCUAUGAACCUCUUCGCUACUUGGGAGAUCGACGGUUCCAGCCCGAGCUGCGUCCCCAGGUUGUGCAGCUUGACAUUAAAGAAACUGGUAGUCUUAAAGGAGUUGGAUAAGGAGCUUAUUUCUGGGGUCAUUGCUGUCAAAAUGCAGGGCUCCAAGCGCAUCCUGCGGUCUCACGAGAUUGUAUUGCCCCCGAGUGGACAUGUGGAGACGGAGCUUGCGCUGACCUUCUCACUGCAGUAUCCUCACUUCUUGAAGAGAGAAGGCAACAAGCUUCAGAUCAUGCUGCAGCGGCGGAAGCGGUACAAGAACCGUACCAUUUUAGGUUACAAGACUCUGGCUGUGGGGUCUAUCAACAUGGCUGAGGUCAUGCAGCACCCAACAGAAGGUGGCCAGGUUCUGAGCCUUUUCAGCAACAUCAAAGAGGCUGCAGUGAAGGUAGCAGAAAUCUGGAUCUUCUCCUUGUCAAGUCAGCCGAUUGACCAUGAAGACAGCACUAUGCAGGCCAGCCAGAAAAUUAAGUCUACAGACAACUAUUCCGAGGAAGAGUACGAGAGCUUCUCUUCUGAGCAGGAGGCCAGUGAUGAUGCCGUACAGGGCCAGGAUUUGGAUGAUGAUGAGUACGAGCUGGGGAAGCCCAAGAAGCAGCGGAGAUCGAUAGUAAGAACGACGUCCAUAACCAGGCAACAAAACUUCAAACAGAAGGUUGUGGCAUUGCUGAAGAGGUUUAAAGUGUCUGAUGAGGUUCUGGAUUCAGAGCAGGACCCAGCGGAGCAUGUGCCAGAGGUGGAGGAGGACUUGGACCUUCUGUAUGACACGCUGGAUAUAGAGAACCCCAGUGACAGUGGGCCAGAAAUGGAGGACGAUGACAGUGUCUUGAGCACUCCAAAGCCAAAGUUGAAACCUUAUUUUGAAGGAUUGUCACACUCCAGCUCUCAGACAGAAAUUGGUAGCAUCCACAGCAUCAGGAGCCAGAGAGAGCCAUCAAGUCCUCAGGUAGAAGUGCCUGAAAAGACCAAGAGCCUUGGAACCAAACAUGCAGGCGACAGUAUUUCUGACACUGUCUCUUAUGAGUCUAACCAGCAAGCUGAGGUCCAGGAAGCUGAACUUCCCACACCAGAUGUGUUUGUUGAGAAGCUCCCACCCAGCGGGAAGAUCACUAAGACUGAGUCCCUCAUUAUCCCAUCCACGAGCAGGUCUGAAGGGAAGCAGACAGGACGUCGGGGAAGGAGCACAUCUCUGAAGGAGAGGCAGCCAGUGAGGCCACAGAACGAGAGAGCGAACAGUCUGGACAACGAACGCUCCCCAGAUACCCGGCACCACUUACAGAUCCCCAGGAAAACAGUGUAUGACCAACUAAAUCACAUCCUGGUUUCCGAUGACCAGCUGCCUGAAAACAUUAUUCUUGUCAAUACUUCUGACUGGCAAGGCCAGUACCUAUCAGACGUCUUGCAAAAGCAUACCUUGCCAGUGGUCUGCACAUGCUCCUCAGCUGAUAUUCAGGCAGCUUUCAGCACUAUUGUCUCCAGGAUACAGAGAUACUGUAACUGCAAUUCACAGCCUCCAAACCCAAUUAAAAUUGCAGUGGCUGGAGCCCAGAAUUACCUCAGUGCUGUAUUGAGGCUUUUUGUAGAGCAGCUGUCUCACAAAACCCCAGACUGGCUCGGCUACAUGAGAUUUUUGAUCAUCCCUCUAGGCUCUCAUCCAGUGGCCAAGUAUCUGGGGUCUGUAGAUUAUAGAUACAACAACUUCUUCCAAGAUCUAGCCUGGAGAGAUUUGUUCAACAAACUUGAAGCACAGACCACUGUUCCAGAAACGCCUGAUGUUGUAUCCCGGAUAACGCAGUAUAUAGCAGGGGCAAACUGUGCACACCAGUUGCCCAUUGCUGAAGCAAUGCUGACAUACAAGCAGAAAAGCCCUGAUGAAGAGUCUUCGCAGAAGUUCAUUCCCUUUGUUGGGGUGGUAAAGGUUGGAAUAGUGGAACAAUCUUCUGCAACAUCAGGUGACUCUGAUGAUGCAGCUCCCUCAAGCUCCAGUGUCCUAUCUUCUACCCCACCUUCUGUGUCUCCUGCUGUGAAAGAAGCCUCCCCCACACCACCUUCCUCACCGUCUGUCACAGGCAGCUUCUCGUCCUCAAGCCAGAGCCUCGGUGCUGAGUUGAUGGGCCUGCAGGUGGAUUACUGGAUUGCAGUUCCACCCAUGGACAGAAAGAGAGACCCAGAGAAGAAGGACCCCUCCACUACCAAAAACACACUGAAAUGCACUUUCCGGUCCCUCCAGGUCAGCAGGUUACCUGCCAGUGGUGAGAUUGCCACCACUCCAACGAUGUCCAUGACUGUCGUGACAAAAGAGAAGAACAAGAAAGUGAUGUUUUUGCCCAAGAAAACAAAAGACAAGGAGGUUGAGUCAAAGAGCCAGUGUAUUGAAGGAAUCAGCAGGUUGAUUUGCACAGCGAAACAUCAGCAGAACAUGCUGCGUGUUCUCAUUGACGGGGUGGAGUGGAAUGACGUCAAGUUCUUCCAGCUGGCAGCACAGUGGUCCUCACAUGUCAAGCACUUUCCCAUCUGCAUAUUUGGACACUCCAAAUCUAACUUCUAGCUGUGCCCAGUGGAGGGACCUGUCCGUCCCGGGGACUGCACACCAGGAGCCAGGAACUGCGUGCCAACUCUGACUCGCGUCGCUCUGCCCUCUCCUGCAGAAUUAAUUACAGAUGUGCUUGGAUUACUUUUGAAUUACUUUUUUCUAUUAACUCUUAAGUUUACUACAAGGGAAGGAAACCCCUUUAAACAAAGGCAAAAAAACCCCAGUCUUAAAUAUAGAUGUGCUGACAACGUGAAGUCGUGGGGGAGUUGGCAGGAGCAGGCAACCUGCCCAAGAACACCUACCACUUACAAGCAGAUAGCUGAAUAACUGCACUGCUUAUUAACCUGAGACCUCAUUGGUGUGAGUGGGCUGGGAGAGCCGUGGAUCAGCUCAAAUGGAUUUUGUGGAAGAUCGUGCACGUUAUGGUGCGUUUGGCCCCCUUCUUCUGUAUUUCUAGGAAAAAAAGAUGGCCAGUCUUUCUUCCUGCUGCUGAAGGACAAGAGAUCAACAAGUCUGGAGGGAGUUCAACUGUCUGGUUUGAAAAACAAACCCCUUGCAUAGCUAGGGAGGUCUGGAGAGGAGAUCCCCUUUGGCGUGUGGAGUCUGCCAUGGGGACGGGCAGGUCUUCAUGCUGAAGCGAUGCGUGAGGAGGGUUGGGCAGGCACAGGAAUUAGGGAAACUCUAGGUGUAAGGAAACUUAAGUGUCCCAGGUCUGUGACAAUGACCAAACCGAGCCAGUCACAAUGUCCCUGCAGCUGGCUGCGCUGCUGAGGGACGCCGCGUCAGUGGGGUCGCUGCUAUUUACAUACUCACAUCGGUUAUUUACCUGUCAAUAAAACCUCAUCCAGCCUCCUGAAGGGAAAGGAUUUUUUUUAACAGCUGCAGAUUUUUUUAAUGCUUUCUAAGAAAAAAAAAAUAAAAAACAAUAGAGGAAAAAAAAAAAGUUGCCAAAAAACCAAACCCAGGACGCUGAGCUGUUGUCUGUGAAGUGAUACAUCACUGUAGUGGCUGGACUGGGAGCCAGCCAGGCACACUACAUGCCCAGCUGCCUUCCCGUCCAUCUGUCAAACCGCACCCGUGAGGUAGAGCGGGCUGCUUUAUCUGCUCUGCCUUUGUCCUGCCCUGACUGCGCUGUGCUCCCCAGAGCUUGCUGCCAUCUCCCCCAUGCACCUUCCCAGGCUGGGUGCAGGCUACCUGGCUUCAGGGCCGCUGCAGGAGUGCAUUUUCGCUGUGCCCUUGAACCACCCAAGACUCCUCCUUAUAGGGACUGAGAGACUGUAACAAAAACGAAGGGUGCUGGGGGUAGGCAGCUUCCUGCAGGCUGCUCCGUAGGUAGAUGUUGUCUUUCCCUUCUGCUUUCUGAGUGGUCCUUCCUGUGGGCAUUUCUCUGGAUUGCAUCCGUUCCCCAGCAGGAUAUGCUUUUGCCCCAGCACAGCAUCGCCCAUGGGUUGAAGCUUUGCUAGGGGUUUCAGUCCCAAGGUGCAGUGGAAGCUGUAUCUAGGAUGUGAGAGAGGAUGAAGCCAGCCAGGUUCUCUGUCCACCUUUGGCAGCAAGAUGACCUGGGAGAUGGGGGAGUGACAUUUUUGGGUGUCUCACACCGUUAGCUUGGUUCUGGCUGUGCUUGCAUUCACUUUGUACACAUUACUGCUGCCAGGGAUGCUUGGGGUGCUGUGAUAAGGGGAUGCUCUUGCAAGGAGGCAGUGUGACAGGCUGCAGGUCUGGGCAGCUCCAGGUGCUGCAGAUGUGGCCUUUUGCCCUCCAGGCUCCCUGAGGCAUGCCUGGGAGGAACCUGGAGCAGGUGGUGGGUGGGGUCUGGGGAGCUGAGUGUGCUCACUUGUGGAAGAACAGACAUUUCUCGCAUUUCAGGGUAAGGGACUGAAGUUUUUGAUGGCAUCCUCUUACGUCCCACCCCUGUGGGCAGGCCAGGCUCUGUGAAUUUCUAGAAGCCACUUUCUGAGGGCAGCAAUGCUUUUGAACUUUUUUUUUUUUGUCUGAUCUCUUACCCUUGCUUUUUUUAAAGGCUUGGGGAACCUGCUUUGCCCUGCUUGGCAGAUCCUGCUCUGCGCAGGGACUGCCCAGGUUUGUUCGGGCAGAGCAGUGGUGGUGUGCUCUGUUAGACCUUCUGCUGAUGGGGAGCAAGGCAUUACUAGGUGAGAACAUGGUCCCUGCUGGAUCUAGUGCCUGUCGCAGCUCACAGUGCAGGCUGUUUCAUUGACUCUGAUUUCAUGAAACCCUUUCCCAGCACAAGUGCAACAUACUUGGCCAGGGACUGGGUAUUCCCUUCAAACCAUGCAGGGGAGGAGGACAUGGUCCCACACCUGGUGGCGCGCUGCUGGGCAGGACAUAUUGUCUAGUUGCAAUACUCUGUUUCCACCUGCAGUCCCGUGGGCAGGUCUGCCUGCCAUCUGCUAGCUCUUGGCUGUGGCAGAAGCUUGGCUGUAGUUCGAAUGUCGUUGUGUCCAUCAGUUCAUGUGUUUUCAGUUGACCUGAGCUGAUGUUCUGGGACUGUAUAGCGUUGCCUAGCAGCAGUAGCGUGGGAGACAGUGUAUAAGCACAUCUUUUUCUUUACUGAGGCUGUUGCAUCAAAAAAAAAAAAAAAAAACACGGUUUUUAAAGGAAAUUAGUCAGCGUGUGAUUUCUUCCUCAAGUCUCACGUUGGUGUGACAAGGGUGAUGGGGCUGGGUUCCAGCGUCAGGAGCUGCAUGCGGCCUGGGCAGCUCUCAGUGCCGGAGCAUGUUAGUACUGCAGAGGUGGGAUGGACUGACUGACUGCAAUAAAUUUGUUUACUGGGGGGGUGAGGGGAGAACCAUCACUGUGCUCCUCUUUGUAUUUCAACCUACUGUAAAGAAACAAACAGUAGCUAGGACAGGAUUUCCAGGGUCCUGCCUAUCAAAUGUGUGUUAGCCUGCUCUACUCUGUGUGUGUGUGUACGUGUGAGAGAAACACUUCUGCUUGUUGCAUUUCAUGUUGGUUUGUGUUUUCUUCUAACUUUAUACAAGUGAGUUCACCAGUAAACUUUCUGUACACCCGACACCUAAGGGCUUGCGUCUGUGCAGGGUUUCUCCCCUGUGGAAAGCUGCUGUUGCUCUGGGAUGCCUCUUCUGUGCAAGGCAACAUCCCAGUUUCUCAGCCUAGUCCUUCCAGAGCCCAGCAGCGGCAGGCUGGGCCUGCCAGCGGGCAGCUGCGUGCCCACAGGGUAGCUGUGGUGUUUCCCAGCCUUAGAGGCAAGGGCUGGCAUGCAAGUUUAGUGAUGCUGCUCUGGUCAGGGUGUUGCGCCUCUGUUUCUCUUGCAUCAUGUGGAGCCACUCUGUGCAGGUGUUUUUCGUCCCUGACUGGAGGAGAAACAGGUUUCUGUCUCGAAGGAAAAUGAGUGUCAGAGCAUGCAUGUGGCUCACUCCAUUUUGGGAAGCUGGUACCAUGAAUGAGUGACUGAUCUCAGGUCUUCCACCCUCCCAGCUUCCCCAACAGUUUCCUGGGCUGCGGGACCCUGCUGUGAGCAAGCCCCUCCAGCCAGAGGGAUCCCUGCUGUGGGACCAGGGGGAGUCACCAGGGCAGCGAUGGGCCCAUGUCUGCAGAGCUGUGCCAGCCUGGUGGGAUUGGGUGUGUGCAAGUUGGUGAGUGCAGAAGGAUGGCUUAGAGCAGAGGCAGUGCUGCUCUGCGUUUGGCUCUCGAGUUUUGGCAAGGAAGGUGCAACUCGAACAAAGAAACGCAAUGGCAUUAUCUCGCCUGCCUGUGUUAGAUGGGGCUUGCUUUGGAGCCAUGUGGCCUGACAGAGAAGGCAGGGGCUGGAAUGGGCAGUAUCUGAGCUGAUCUGUGGUCGAGAGGUGCUUUGAAGGCAGUGUCCCCUGGUGUCUCUGACCCUUUGUGUCCCAGAGCUCUCCCCUACUCCCCACAGAGCUCAUAUCUCCCGCUCCCCUGGCUGUGGCUUCUCGAAGCAGACAGUUUCUUUUCCACCUGCUUUUGGGUGAAGGGCCCCCACCUCGCUCAGAGGUAAGGUCUCAGGAAUGGGCUCACUGCUCCACGGGGCUCUGCGACACUGACCUAGUUUAACAGCGCUGGCUGGUGAGCAGAUGAAAGAUAGAAGGGGUUUGUGGCAUUAUGUUGCACCUUGAGUGCUUCCUGGUCCUCCGGGUUGCGUUUCCUGGAGACAAAGGCUGGACCUCAGCCCUGCUGGGCUGGCUCCCCUGCAGCGCUGGCAGCUUUGUGGACAUCUUGGGCGGCUGUUUUAGCUCAGCACUGCAGUUUCCACCCGGAUCAAUUGUUACCAGUUACAUCUCAGCAGUAACUGCAGAGUCGUCCUUAAUUACGCAUGAGUUUGGGGACAGCUGCUGUCUCCUUGGCUGUGUUUUGCCGCUUUAAUUAGCGUGUGCUUGUGGCUUUAUCCUGCAGUGAGGGCAGGGGUAGGUGGCUGGGAGGUUUCUGGGGCUGGAGGAGAUGUGCCUGUUCGCUCUCCAUCAUCAAACUCAGCUGAGAACCACACUGCCCUGUGCUUAACCUGCAAUUGCAGCAAAGGCCCCGUCCUGUUUCUCACCAGCAGCGUGUGCAGGAGGGAGCACUGGAGUGCCGAGUGGAGGGCUUUGCACCUGGCACCUCCAAGUUUAGGAAGAAAAUCCUGGCGAGAGUCAGUAGAGCCGGUGCCCUUCUGCUGCUUGAUGUGCUGAGGGGUCAGGAAGGCUGGGAUUAGGGCAGUCCUGCUGUGCAGCGGUAAAGGACUGGGGACUCUGGAGCUUUCUUGAAGCCAGAUUAGAUGCAGUGCCUCUGUCCCCUCUGUUCAGGUGGUCUCAAUCCCAGCAAUUAGCUGUGUGGUGGCGUUUAGUGUGACACUCCUUCCGGGCUUGUCUGGCAGGGAGAAGGCCAGAAAUGAACAGCAGCAUCUCCCAGAGGUUUCCUGGAGCCUCUUCAGCAGGGUUCUCAUGGGAGGUGCACCUGGCAGGGCCAGCUCCUGCAGGGUCACUUGGCUGCUUUGGCACAGACUGGGAGAGAAGGGGACAUGCUAACCUGGAAAACAGUAGGUCACUUGUUUCCUUAAGGAAGAACAGCAGUAUGAGGCCACAUCCAGUGGGCUGCUGCUUUGCGCCUCAGCCAGAGGGUUGCUAGAGCAUUGCCAGCUUGGUUGUGUACGUGCCGUGGCCGUGGGGAACCGCCUUGCAAGCAUGGGUACUGGGGCUGGGUGCUGCCAGCCCAGUCCAGACCACGGCAUAUGAGGGGACGUUACCACUUUGUAGAUUCCUGAGUUGUCCAUCUGUUUCAUUGUUGUAUUGUUUGGGUUGUAGGUUGGGUUUGUUUUUUUUUUUUUUUUAUGAAGACAGAUUAAAUGUAAAUAGCCUUUUUGUUUUUUUUGGAACAAACUGCAACGUGCUUGACCUCGUCAACUAUUUUAUGGUACUAAUGCAACACUAAUAAAACUGGACAUGAAAGCACA